AUGACAGCAUCUUAUGGGAAGAGAGAGCGCAGUCGACGAAGCGUUUUCGGUCUUUGGGUUCCCAACAAAACGAACAAGCCCGCAGGGAAACUCGAUCCUUGUCCUGCGGAGUCUACAGUAUCAGAUAGUCCUGCAUCUGACCACAACCCCGGCUCUACAGCUGGCAAAGAUCGCCUGAGAAUCCGCUUGACACGGAGUGGAUCCCAAAAUUCUAUUGUUGUUUGGGCUGGGUGGCUCCUCGAACACGUCGAGAGUCCACGCCUCCCAUCACUUUCGAUAGUAGAACAUGGAAACGAGAUUUCUUUGGUGGAAUGCUUGCUAGAGAACUCAUCACCCGAGAUCACAUCCUCAGUCAUUGCGCUGCCCGAGUCUCAGGAGCCCGCCCAGGAGAAGCCUCGCCCUGAGAUAGGAGUUGCAUCUGUCGUACCGUGCGAUUCUGAAGAUGUGGAAAAACUUUGCGGCAAUGUGAACGAGCCACAAUGUCCAUUGAACACGAAGCUGGUCGACCGACUAUCCCUGAGAGUUUCUUCCCCAUUUGGCCAGCCGACAGUCAUUCGUCGUACGCACUUGCGUUCGAGACACAGUAUACCUUUCAUUGGAUCUCUUAUAUUGAAAACGCUCAUGAAGCAGCACGGCGAUGGUGCUGAUGACAGCUCGGAUCCUUCAACAACCCCCAGCAGCAACGGCUCGCCAUUGGGAUGUUCGACUCCUCCUACUCCAGUAAAAUCAGCAGAACCUUCACCCUCGUCCGAUAAGUUCACGGACUCGCCCAACUUUACCUCAAUCUCGGACCACGUUGCUGCUGUGAGUACCACACAGGGCAACACAUCUCGAACUAUUACAGCCUCGAUCAAGACGGUGGAGGCCGUCUCCGUGGCCAAGAUAUAUCUGGAGCUCUAUUAUAACUCCAUUUUCCAGAAUCAAGACCCACGCUUGCAGCGCCAGCAUGAACUUGAUCAAUAUAUCUUUGCCUUUCAGCUUGUACCUGGUGAGCAGGUUCAGAUCAGACGAAACUGGGCACUACAAGAGAAUGAACAUUUGCGACAAGUCAGAGCUUUGAAAACCAGGAUGCGGUGCUCUCGAGAUGAGGCUGCUGUAUCAAUUGCUGGUUACGAGGUCAUCAAAGUCCUCGGUAAAGGUAGCUUUGGCGUGGUUCGCUUGAAAGUAGCCUAUCUGUUUCAAGAGCUAGGUCUCAUGGCGUACUCAGGUCCGCGGUGGAUGGAGCCAAAAACAGUAGCGAAGAUUCAUGACUGGAGAAAAGAAGGAAGUGAAGGUCAUAUUCGAGCGGAGAGGGACUUCCUCGUUGCGGCAGCAAAGUCACGCUGGGUUGUUCCGUUGAUCACAAGUUUCCAGGAUAGCACUAAUCUAUAUCUUGUGAUGGAUUACAUGCUUGGUGGAGACUUCCUCGGUUUGCUCAUUCGCAAGGAUAUACUUCGGGAAGAUAGGACCAGAUUUUACAUCGCCGAAAUGAUUCUGUGCAUCGAAGAAGCCCACCGACUUCAGUGGAUCCAUCGGGAUAUCAAGCCUGAUAACUUCCUGAUCUCUGCAUCUGGCCACUUGAAGAUAUCUGACUUUGGUCUGGCCUUCAAUGGCCAUUGGGCUCAUGAUCAAACUUACUACAACAGCCAACGCCACUACCUGAUCGAGAAACUCGGCGUGGAUGUCAUCGGCGAUGCAGAAGACCAAGCUCAUGCCGCGGAGAUAAGGGAAUUUUCUGAGAUGAGCUCUUACGGGGUAAUGGAGCAACCUAACUCUCAAGUCCCCUCGACGGAUGUUUUGGACUGGCGCAACAGUAGAGGCAGGCGCAGAUUUGCAAAGAGCGUGGUUGGAACUAGCCAGUACAUGGCGCCAGAGGUCAUUCGAGGCGAGAUGUAUGAUGGGCGAUGCGAUUGGUGGAGCCUGGGUAUCAUUAUAUUCGAGUGCUUGUACGGCUAUACACCAUUCGCAUGCGAGACUCGCCAUGACACCAAGAUCAAGAUCUUACAACACAAUAAAACUCUGCAGUUCCCAAGAGAGAAGCCAACGGACAAGAUGGUAUCUCCAGACGCCAUCGAUCUCAUGGCACGUAUCUUACAGGAACGCGAAUUUCGGCUCUGCUCUCAGAAAUACUACGCAAACAAUGUUUUGACUGGCCGGCCAGUCUCCGCUCAAUUUCUUUACUCGAUGGAUUCCCGGCACAUGAACAUCCCCAGUUACUAUGUUUAUCCCAAUGAUGCCGCUGACAUCAAAGCUCAUCCUUUCUUCAGAGGCACGCGGUGGAGCGAACUUCAUCUGACCCAGCCACCGUUGGUCCCCCGUGUCAAAGGCUGGGAGGAUAGCCGGUACUUCGAUGAUUGGAAGGGGCCCGGCAACAUCGAUGAAGCAUCUGGUGACAGUGACGCACCAGAAAGUGAUGAAGACCUUAAAGCAAACCCUGACGGUACAACUGCAUUGCCUCAGGGCCGUCAGUCUCCAGGUCAUCCGCCAGACCUUCUAGCUCCUGAGGAGCGCCCAGUUCCGGAUACAGGUCCCGUGGAAGCAGAACCGUUCGACCAACGACAGCCAGAGCUUGCCCAGAAGAAGGAGAAAAGACGGCCUCGCGACAAAAUCCUUCGGGAUAAAAAAGCUGGCCGAGCUGCGCUCGAGAUUCGCAAGCAAGGCGCAUUCCUCGGAUAUACGUACCGACGACCGAAAAGUCCAGCCCUGGCUCUGAGCACUGACCGUGGACGGCAGCCAUUUGCGAGAGGUCAGUUGGGUAACCUGUAUUUUUCGUAA